GCGUGCAACGCCUUCCUUCGUCGGCUACAUCCGCUGAGUGGCUGGUGAUGACGCCUGAGGGCACCCGAACACCAGGAACCGAAACUACACGUGCCACUAGGUUUGCGACUCCACGCACUCCAGGCACCACUCCCUCAUUGCUGAGGUUCGAGCUCCCAGAGAAACCAGGGAAGAGGGUCCGCUUCGACGAUUCUAAUGUGAAACCAUUCGACGUCCGUAAAGAGGUCACCUGCUACCUGCUCAUCGUUGCGGCAAUGGUGUCUUUCAUCAUCGCAGCACUAGUUCUCACCAAGGGGCCCAGGUUGUCUACAACAGAGAAGCCAAGUGGCACUCCAUUCAUCAACGUAUCAAGAACCCCGUUGAAUUUCACCAAUAUUUCUAUAGUAAGUAGCCUAGCCAUACCAAUGCCACCGAGGCUGGGCGAGGUCUGCUCGUUGGUCGAUCUGAUGUAUCGUUAGCUAGCAGUUCCCGUAUCACUGCCAUCCUUCUAGACGCGGUAGCCAUGUGAACAAGCUGCCUUCCUGUCAGCAGACGACAAAAUCGCUAAGCAAGGCUGCAAAGCGCGAUGCAAGAGAUUGCAAUGCAAUCGUCUGCAAGCGAGCGCUUACGCCGCCCUGUGAAUCGCGGACGAUACCUAGCAGACGACACGUUGCGACUCCCUUGAUCUAGGUGGCGCUAGCACAGUCGCUAUAUUACCACCUCA